CUUCAAAUUUGUCUAGGAUAGUGAGCCACCCGAGUGUAUAAAUAAAGUGUAGCUUGGCGCUUAUGUUUAGUCUUACUUAACUUAACGAGUUUAAACCCCAACAAAUAUUUUUGGCUGUCUACCAAACUAAUUAGAACAUCGAUAUGAAAGCCUUAGGAGCCUUGCUGAUAGCGACCUUGGUGGUCUGUGUAUUUUCUUAUCCUCAGCCGGAUACCGAGGCUGAAGCCUUGACCAGUGGUAUAAAUGAUGAUUUGUCCUUGGAGAAAGAUUUGAAUUCUGAUAAGGAGAUUAUACGUCAUGUUCGAGGAUUUGGAGGUUUCGGUGGUUUCGGCGGUCGUGGUGGUUAUGGUGGCUAUGGCGGACGACCCUUUGGCGGCGGCGGUUAUGGUGGCGGUGGAUUUGGUGGAAGACCUUAUGGUGGUGGAUUUGGUGGCCGACCAUAUGGUGGUGGAUUUGGAGGAAAACCUUUUGGCGGUGGAGGUGGUGGCUUUGCUUCGGCAAGUGCAAGCGCUAGUGCAUCCGCUGGUGGUUUUGGCGGUGGAUAUGGGCGCUAAAAAGUGAUUUGAAACAAAACUAUAUACCUGAAGUGAGGUCCAAAUUUGCAGUAGUAUUAUCUUUAAUUGAGUUUUAUAUUUAAUAAAAAACAUAUUGUUAAAAACAUGAUAUAAA